AUGAGAGUUUAUUCAUGUCAUUUUUGCUCUUCCCCAGUGUAUCCCGGUCAUGGGAUCAUGUUUGUGCGUAAUGACGCUAAAGAGUUUAGAUUCUGUCGUUCCAAAUGUCAUAAAGCAUUUAAACAACGUCGUAACCCAAGAAAAUUAAAAUGGACUAAAGCAUUUAGAAAAGCUGCUGGUAAAGAAUUGGCUGUUGAUUCUACUUUAACAUUCAGUGCUAGAAGAAACGUUCCAGUACGUUAUAAUAGAGAUUUGGUCUCCACAACUUUGAAAGCUAUGGCUAGAGUGGAAGAAAUUAGACAAAAACGUGAAAGAGCAUUCUAUAAGAAUAGAAUGAAGGGUAAUAAAGAAAGACAAUUAGAAUUAGAUAAGAAAUUAGUUGAAAGUAAUCCAGAAUUAUUGAAGAUGAGAGAAGUUGAAAUUGCAAGAAAAUUAGCUAAACAAGAAGCUAGAGAAGCUGCUGCUCAACAAGAUGAAGAUGAAGAUGUUGAAGAUGAAGAACAAGAUGAAGAUGAAAGUGAAAUGGAUAUUGAAUCUGAAGAAGAAUCUGAAUCUGAAGAUGAAGCUGUUAAACAAAAAGUCUUGUUGAAAAACAAGAAACGUUCAAAACGUGUAUUUUAG